CCUUAUAAAUGUGAUGAAUGUGGAAAAUCCUUUGGUCAAUCCUCUGAACUUAAACGUCAUAGGAGAAUCCAUACUGGAGAAAAGCCUUAUAAAUGUGAUGAAUGGGGAAAGUGCUUUAGGGAUGGGUCAUCUCUUUGUGCUCAUCAGAGAAUCCAUACUGGAGAGAAACCUUAUAAAUGUGAUGAAUGUGGAAAGUGCUUUAGAGUUGGCUCAUCUCUUCAUGUUCAUCAGACAAUCCAUACUGGAGAGAAACCUUAUAAAUGUAAUGAAUGUGGAAAGUCCUUUUCCUUUUUCCAGUCCUCCAAUCUUCAACGUCACAAGAGAAUCCAUACUGGAGAAAAGCCUUAUAAAUGUGAUGAAUGUGGAAAGUGCUUUAGGAAUGGCUCAUCUCUUUGUGCUCAUCAGAGAAUCCAUACUGGAGAGAAACCUUAUAAAUGUGAUGAAUGUGGAAAAUCCUUUGUCCAAUCGUCUAAUCUUCAAUGUCAUAGAAGAAUCCAUACUGGAGAGAAAUCUUAUAAAUAUAAUGAAUGUGGAAUGUGCUUUAGAGAUGUCUCAUCUCUUCAUGUUCAUCACAAAAUCCAUAGUGGAGAGAAACCUUAUAAAUGUGAUGAAUGUGGAAAAUCCUUUGUCCAGUCCUCCACUCUUCAAUGUCACAAGAGAAUUCAUACUGGAGAAAAGCCUUAUAAAUGUGAUGAAUGUGGAAAGUGCUUUAGGAAUGGCUCAUCUCUUUGUGCUCAUCAGAGAAUCCAUACUGGAGAGAAACCUUAUAAAUGUGAUGAAUGUGGAAAAUCCUUUGUCCAGUCCUCCCAUCUUCAAUGUCACAAGAGAAUUCAUGCUGGAGAAAAGCCUUAUAAAUGUGAUGAAUGUGGAAAGUGCUUUAGGAAUGGCUCAUCUCUUUGUGCUCAUCAGAGAAUCCAUACUGGAGAGAAACCUUAUAAAUGUGAUGAAUGUGGAAAAUCCUUUGGCCAAUCCUCUGAACUUAAACGUCAUAGGAGAAUCCAUACUGGAGAAAAGCCUUAUAAAUGUGAUGAAUGUGGAAAGUGCUUUAGGAAUGGCUCAUCUCUUUGUGUUCAUCAGAGAAUCCAUACUGGAGAGAAACCUUAUAAAUGUGAUGAAUGUGGAAAGUCCUUUGUCCAGUCCUCCAAUCUUCAGUGUCAUAGGAGAAUCCAUACUGGAGAGAAACCUUAUAAGUGUGAUGAAUGUGGAAAGUGCUUUAGGCAUGGCUCUUCUCUUCAUGUUCAUCAUAGCAUCCUUACUAGAGGUAAACCGCAGAAAAACUAA